AUGGCUAUCUUUUCUUCACUUUCUACUUUCUUGAGACGUCAUAGACGUAAACUUUUGAUUUCUACAUCAGUUUCACUUGGAGUGUACUUCUUGUUUAACCACUUUGUUAUAAAGAAGUUCCGGUCGUUUCAACAGUCGUUGAAGCAGGAAGCAUUCGUUCGUGAACAGAUUAAGAGAAGAUUCACUCAAACGCAGAAGGAUUGUUACCUAACUAUCUUAGCUCUCCUACCUGUUUUAACACAGCCAAUCCUUGACCAUUUACCCGUGGAAUUGGUGACUCAAGCAUUGAAAAAUAAGAAGGGCACCAGUAAUGCGCCAAACUCCAUAGGCAAUAGUAAAGUUUUGACAGAUUCCAUGCUCACCACAGGGAACUUGGAGAACUUGGAGAAAUCAUCUAACAUCGAUGAUGAUUUAAGUUUUUACUCUACGCAGUCUAAGACCGAGUUGUGGAAGAUAUUGAAGAUUAAGACUAUAACGAGAUUCCUCACUUUGAGUUAUACCUUGAGUGGGUUAUUGUUGAUUACUAGGUUGAGCAUGAAUAUUUUAGCAAGAAGAUCUUACUUGGAGACAGCCAUUCAAAUGGCGGGCGAUCAGAAGAAGAGCGGCUUCUUUGGGAUAGUUGGCGGUGGUGGAGGUAAUAAUAUAGAGGCAGACGAAUCCAGCGACUAUUUCGCCGAACAAUCCUUCCUUUCACUUAGUUGGUGGUUGCUCAACAAGGGAUGGUUAACACUUUCAAAUAACAUUGAAGACGUCGUGAACAGACACUUUGAGAACAUUAAUGCCAGAACAGAAAUUUCUAUCAAGGAAUUUGAAAGCAUUUUGAAUAGCGUUGUCCAGGAACUAAACUCGCCUGCCUUUGAGCCAAUGAUCAUAUCAUCCAUCUUUCCUCCUAAUAAUCAUGAUGCGUUAGUGGAAACCUUGUCGAAUACUACGCCCGAGAUCAUAGAAAACUUGUAUCAGAAAGAUAGCACCUUGCUCAAGUUGAUCGAUGAGACAUAUUUCUUCAUAGAAGACGUUCCAAGCUUCAUGUCCACAUAUUACAACAUGGUUGAGAACAUCAACUUGGUAACAUUAAUAAAUAACUUGUCAAUAUCACUUGAACCAGAAUUAUUAAUGAAGUUGGACAACGGUGAGGAAGAUAGUAAAAUAUUUGAAAUCGAUCAAGUUCCAGAGGGUAAGAGAUUCAAGUUGGCAAUCUUAUUGGCACAGUUAAGUAUUCAGAGUGCCGUAUUAUGCGACAGCAACAACGUUGCCGCUCCACAAAGUGGAUUUGAUACAGAGGAAGAGGAGUUCAGUGGGAACGUUUUCAUUAACAAUUUAGAUCUGUUGGAAGUAUUAGAUGAAUUGAGUGCAAGUAUCUAUUCUAAUUUCCAGUGA